CUACACAAAAACACUCCCCCAUAGAAAUACAUGUAUUGGAAAAGUUUGUUAAGCUAAGCAAGACAGUUUUCAUAUUCUUCUUCAUCGAUUCUCGCUUUUUCCUACACAGAUACGAUCGAUAGCAGGUCUCACCGGCGAUGGAUGGAAUGUACGGUUUCCAUUCGGCCGGUGAUUACUCGGAUAAGGCGGUGCUGAUGAUGUCGCCGGAUAAUCUGAUGUUUCCUUCCGAUUACCAAGCCUUUCUAUGCUCCUCCGCCGGAGAUAAUCGCGUUUCCGAUGUUUUCGGAUCCGACGAGCUGCUCUCAGCCGCCGCCUCCGCUUUGUCGUCAGAGGCUGCGUCGAUCGCUCCGGAGAUCCGACGAAACGAUGAUAACGUCUCUCUCGGCGUCAUCAAGGCGAAAAUCGCUUGUCAUCCUUCGUACCCUCGCUUGCUCCAAGCUUAUAUCGAUUGCCAGAAGGUCGGAGCGCCGCCGGAGAUAGCGUGUCUAUUGGAGGAGAUUCAAAGGGACAGUGAAGUUUAUAAGCGAGACGUUGUUCCGUCGUCUUGCUUCGGACCUGAUCCUGAGCUCGAUGAAUUCAUGGAGACCUACUGCGAUAUAUUGGUGAAAUACAAAUCGGAUCUAGCAAGGCCGUUUGACGAAGCGACGAGUUUCUUGAACAAAAUCGAGAUGCAGCUACGGAACCUAUGUACUGGUGUGGAGUCUGCCAGGGGACUUUCGGAGGAUGGUGCGAUUUCAUCGGACGAGGAACUGAGUGGAGGCGAUGAGAUAUCACAGGAUGGGAAACAAAGAUGCGAAGACCGUGAUCUCAAGGACAGGCUAAUGCGCAAGUUCGGAAGCCGUAUAGGUUCUUUGAAGCUGGAAUUCUCAAAGAAGAAGAAGAAAGGAAAGCUACCAAGAGAAGCAAGACAAGCCCUUCUCGAUUGGUGGAAUGUCCAUUAUAAAUGGCCUUACCCUACUGAAGGUGAUAAGAUAGCUUUAGCUGAUGCAACGGGGUUAGACCAGAAACAGAUCAACAAUUGGUUUAUAAACCAAAGAAAACGCCACUGGAAGCCUUCAGAGAAUAUGCCUUUUGCGAUGAUGGACGAUUCUAGUGGAUCAUUCUUUACCGAGGAAUGAGCAUUAUGGUAUUUAACGUUGCAAACAAAAGAUGGGUGUAUUGACAUGUUUCCUACGUACAAAUUUUUACUCUGCUUCGCUUUGCCGACAAAAGAGGAAAAGAAAAUGGAAAAGAGUGAAGCUUUGGAUUUAUGAAUGGAAUAUUUUUCACUCACAUGUAGGAAAGAAGGAACAAGGGAGAAAAGUGAAAUGCCUUGUAACUAUUAUUAUCCGUGAAUAAAAAUUAUGUUUAUAAAUAAUUAACUUCCUUGCUUUCUUCUGACUAUCCUCUCGUGACUUUUUAAAGUUUCAGGAUUUGC